AUGUAUCUAUGUAUCUAUCUAUCUCAGUUCAUAUCUACCACAGUCAGUUCAUUAUCUAUCUAUCUAUCUAUCUAUCUAUCUAUCUAUCUAUCUAUCUAUCUAUCUAUCUAUCUAUCUAUCUCAGUUCAUAUCUAUCUACCUCAGUCAGUUCAUAUCUAUUUACCUCAGUCCAUAUCUAUCUAUCUAUCUAUCUAUCUAUCUAUCUAUCUAUCUAUCUAUCUAUCUAUGGGCAUCUUCUAUCUACUUAUCUAUCUAUCUAUCUAUCUAUCUAUCUAUCUAUCAUUUAUAGACCAAAUGAAACUCUUUUUCUAUCUAUGGAUAUAUAUAUCAGCUACUUUAUUUAUAUAUUAUGAAUUACUCUUCUAUUGUCUAUCUAUCUAUCUAUCAUUUAUAGACCAAAUGAAACUCUUUUUUUCUAUCUAUGGAUCUAUCUAUCUAUCUAUCUAUCUAUCAUUUAUAGACCAAAUGAAACUCUUUUCUAUCUAUGGAUAUAUAUAUCAGCUACUUUAUUUAUAUAUUAUGAAUUACUCUACUUAUCUAUCUAUCUAUCUAUCUAUCUAUCUAUCUAUCUAUCUAUCUAUCUAUCAUUUAUAG